UUAAACAGAAAAUAUAGUGCUUUUUGGAGAAAAAUUUAAAGCGUUUGCUAAACAUUUUCGACCAAAUCUAUUCAAUUUUUCUAAGGCACUGAAAUUAGGGAAUAAACGAGAAAUGCGCCUCCUGUACCUCACUCGAGCUAGCCCAGUCCAUAAAAAUUAAACCGUCAACCAAACCCAGCAAACAGGAAGAGCCAAUCCCAGAAGAUAUCCACCCGAAUAAAAUGGGAAAGAAAUCGCAGAAGUACAACGUUCUGAUGGUGUGCGUGGGCAAUAUUUGUCGCUCCCCCAUUGCCGAGGCUGUCAUGCGUGACGUCAUCAGUAGGGAGGGUCUGCAGAAGGAGUGGCACGUGGAGAGCGCUGCCAUAGAGGGUUGGCACUCCGGCUGCCUACCAGAUGAACGAGCCCUGAAGGUCCUGGCCAGACACAACAUCACAUACCAUAACUGCGCCAGAAUUGUGAACUCUGAUGAUUUUUUCAAGUUCGACUAUAUCUUCGCCAUGGAUCGGAGCAAUUUGGCGGCCUUGAAGCGGAUAGCUCCAAGUUACAGUACGGCCAAGAUGUUCCUGUUGGGGGAUUUUGGUCUGAAGCCGGAUGAACGUAUCAUCGAAGAUCCCUAUUAUGAUCUGGGAGAAAAGCCUUUUGAAAAGAUAUAUCAGCAGUGCAUUGUGGCUUGCGAAAGCUUUUUAAAACAAGCGCGCCAAAAAGAAAUUUUCUAAAAGCCACAAGCGGC